AUGGGAACCCCAAUAUCAAGUGUGAUUGCCCAAAGUGUAAUGGAACACAUAGAACAAAAAAUCAUGAAAAAGUACAACAACAAAGCCUUUUUCAGGAGAUAUGUUGAUGAUUGUCUCUUAAUAACCACACCAACAAUAAUGAAACACAUUUUACGAGACUUCAACAGUGCUCAUACACUAUUACAAUUUACGAUCGAACAGGAAAAAGACAAAACAUUAGACUUCUUGGACAUGACACUCAUCAACAAAGACAACAAAAUAUUAACAAAAUGGAAAAAUACAAAACAAAACUCCGACCGCAUCUUGGACUAUAAUUCCAACCAUCACACCGGACAAAUACGAGGCACAAUAAUUGGAUACAUUGACAGAGCCCUUAAACUUACAUCACCGGAAUUGAGACCAAAAAUUAUAAAAGAACUGAAAGACCGACUUAUUAAGAACAACUACCCUACAAAGAUGACUACACCAUUAAUAAACCAAAGAAUACAUAGACUGUACAACACGAUAACAACUGAGGAAAAGAAAGAAUAA